GGUGGAUUUUACCAAGAUUCAGUUGCAGCAGUUGGUUUGACAUUGGAUGGAAAUGGCUGUCGGCGUUGCCCUGCUGGGACGUUUGUCCACCCAAAAAAUGCACCAGGAAAAGAAUCAUGGGAUUGUAAAGCAUGUCCAGAAGGUUAAUACGUCAUAUAAGUGUCUCGUUAUUGUUAGGAGGAAGCAAUGGGGUCGUCAGUUUUCCAUCGAUUUAAGUUUUUUUCUACAUAUUUGCGUCUUUUCUUUGCUUUAUUUUGUUUAAAGGUACAUUUUCUGCAAAGCAUUAAAUACGUUUAGAAGUGUUUUUUUUUUCAGUUGCCCUUUACGAUAAUUACAUUAUUUAACAAUUAUUCGCCGAAGGCGAAGAUAAUAUCUCCGAGACGAAGUUUAGGGGAUUAUUCAACAAUAUUAACCGAGUCUGAGGUGAAUAAUUGUUUUAGUAUAUUCACACGAAGUGAUCUCAACAGAAUCAGAAAGGAAACCAUUAAAAAACGAUUAGUUGAUUGACGGGUGAAUUCAUGCGUGAACACGAAGCCGUAAACAGUGGAUGCGCAAAAGUUAGAUCUUUACAGUAUCUUUAAAAAUAGCAAAUGAUGGUUUUCAUCUUUUUGUAUCGAGUUUUGUAAGCUUUAGCAUCAAGGGUUUGAAAGAAAACGUCGAAAAUUUAUAUUACUACCCAAUUCUGAGAAGAAAAGUAGACCUUUAUUUGUUUCUGUCAACUCACCGUGAAUGAGAAAGUUUUUUUUGUCGCUUCUUGCAAAUGCUGUCAACAGCGGCAGCUUACGAUCAAGGUGAUCGUUGUUUAUCUCCUAUGUUCUUUGCCUUGUUAACUUGCUGGCACGUACUAUUUUCGAAAAUAUUUGCCUUCCUCUUUUCUCCAUAAAUUAACUUCUUUUUAUAGGCAAAAUUGAUCUUGCGAGAAAAUCCCGAAUUCACAAAACAGUGACAAAGCGGCCUCGUUUUCCUCUGUAGUGGUAAACAAAGCUUCGAGCGUACAAAAAGUCAGCUACAGUAAGCCACUUCACAAUAGAUCACGCUGUUUAAAAACCAUGAAGUCUUUUCUUGCCUUCAAAGUCAUCAGCACUUGGAUAUUCGUGUAUUUUCAAAAAGAAUUUACUACGAAACUUUGGCAAAACACCCAGUUCACGACAGCGAUUUUGUUCUGCUUUAUAUUCACCGCCUAGCGCGGUGAAUAUUUAACAAUUAUUCUUCGAGCCCGAAUGGGCUAUUGACUUAGGGGCCAUGAGGGCGAGAGGAAUAAUUGUUUUAGUAAAAUCCAACUAGCUGUCGAAAAAUUUCGAGACAAAACAACUUUAGCUGGUUAAAGCGAGACUUUAAUCCUUUUUUGUCGCUAAAAAGCCGGCGCUUUUUGGGCUAUAACAUAUAGCCUAGUAGUAGCUCAACCAAUCAGAACGCAGCAAGAUAAUAGACCACUAGCUAGAUUUUACUAAAACGUCAUAGUCCGAGAUAGCGAACCAAUCAGAUUGUUUGAAUUACCAAGAUCACUGGGUGUGUAUAUAUGAUGGUUAUUCGGUUUUCAUCGAUUGUUUCUGCUUUGGGGGUUUUAGGAGGGGUUGAAUGUCCUCCUUUGUCAGCCAUGUUUCAAAAAUAUAUCAUUGAUCUUCCCUUUGUAUUAAUGAGCCGUUUGGCAAUUCAUAAUUACAACUGAGUUGUAAAGGUAAAGGAAUCUAUGAAACCGAUCUGUAGGACUAUGAAACCGAUCCGGCUGAUAAAGUUAGCAUCGUUUUGUUACAUCAUUUAUCAGUGAUGAAUUUUUGCUUUUUAUAGGUACGAAUACGACAAUGUUCGCUGGGUUUAGAGCAUGUUGGUGUUUGAAAGCCCAUUACCGCCUAGACCGUUUUGGACCUUGCACAGCUUGCCCUGGUAAAGGGGUUGAGUGCUCCGAUGACAAGCUUAAUUUAUUACGUGGUUUUUACUGGAAUUGGGCCGAUCAUGACGGAAACUACAGUAAAUCUACCUACAAGCUCUUGAUUGCAAACUUGGCUAUUAGAAAUGAUAAAUACAACGCACAAACAACAAGGUUCGUUGGUAAGCUACCAGUAGCUUAUAAAUGCUUACGAGAAAGUUCCUGCAUCGGGGGAAUCGACUCACAAUGCGCUGAGAGGUACACCGGACCACUUUGUGCCAACUGUCGACGAGGAUACUACAAGAGAGCGAUAUCCUGUCACAAGUGUCCAUCACAAAAGCUCAUUGCGAUCCAGUUUGGAGUACUGGCCUUAAGUAUCCUUAUCCUUGUCUUGGUAAUUAUUAAAAGCAACAAAUUGUCCACUUCAGGAAGGCGUACGAUCGCCGACAUAUUCCUUGCUCAUGUCAAGAUUAUUAUUGGAUUUUACCAAGUUCUAGCUGGUAUUCUGGAAGCUUUUUCUUACAUCAGAUGGCCCUCUCAGGUAUUUGUCCUUGAGAGUUACAUCAAAUUUGUUCAACUUAACUUUUUGGAGAUUGUCUCCCCGACCUGUCUGAAAGAAAAUUUCAAAAUGAAUGCUUAUAGUCAUUUCAUGUUUACUGUGGCGGCAAACGUGUGCAUAGUUAUCUUUCCACUGUUCUGCUACCUUUUAAGGUUGGCUUGGGUGAAGGUGAAACGACAUCAAAGAGACAAAAAAGAAGACAUGGAAUCCAAAAAGCCUCAUCUGAAAGUCAUAUUGUUUCUUCUGUUUGUUGCCUAUCCAGCCACUUGUGUCAACAUAUUUAAGAUUCUUCCUAUUUCUUGCCGUGAACUCUGCCCAUUUGAAGGAUCCAGCACAUGCCCGUCUUUCUUGAGAGCUGACUACACCAUUGAGUGCGGAACCAACGAGCACAAAAAGUACACGUGGGCAGCAUAUGCAUCGUUAUCAUAUGUGGUUGCAUUUCCCAUCUUUCUGACAUACCUGGUCUGGAAAAACCAUCACCAAGCUCAGAAGAGAAUUAAAAAAUUCACCGCAACAGAAACCAGGGGCAACAUGAAUCAAAUGGCGAUGGCAGUAUUGUUUUUACACGAGAACUACUCGCCAAGCUGCUGGUAUUGGGAAGGUAUCGAAAUGGCGCGAAAGGUUAUUCUGUCAGCUGGCGUGGUAUUUGUGGGAUCUGAAAGUCGUACGCAAGUUGGUAUUGCUGCAAUGAUUUCCUGUGUUUUCGCAAUGCUUCAUGGGAGAUUUCGACCCAUUCCAGACAGAUUUGAGGAUUAUCUACAAAUGACGUCCCUUCUGGUGACGUCAUUCAAUCUUUUGAUUGGAGUGCUACUGAAGAUACCAUCAGAUGACGUGACUGGAGACGUGGAUGCAAACAACGAAAGCUGGGCCCUUGGUAUUUUGCUGUUGAUGAUCAAUGCUUUGGUCAUAAGCAUUGUGUUUGGUAAGUUU